AGAAGUGAAGCUGCUUUUAAUCGUCAGCGGAGAACAAGAAGAAAACGACACACUAACAGGACCGAGACAUGAGGACGACUCCGGACACUGAAGAGUCCAUCAGGUGUACUGCGCCCGGCUGCAGCUGCCAGUGCUUCAAACCAGGAAGUGUUCAGCUCAGGUCAUGUGAUCGCUGCGGACACGGCUGGGUGUCUCACGCCUUGGAGAAGCUCCAUCGUCAGGCCCAGCAGCCGUCCACCUGUGGCCCAGUGGAGGUGGCCCUUCCUGGGCUGGUGUUCGACCUGAGCUCCCUGGUCCUCUACGGAGCUCAGGCCAUUCCUGUCCGACUCAAAAUCCUGCUGGAUCGUCUCUACAGCAUCCUCACCCCAGACCAGGUACAGGUCGGACACAUCCUGCACACACUGGGCUGGAGUCUGGGGGAUUAUGUUCGAGGGUACAUGCUGCAGUUUCCCGGUGGGAAGGUGUUGGACCGCUGGUUGAUGGUGACUCCUGAAGAAGAGCUGCUCAUCCUCAAACAGUUCCUUCGCUUUGGCGAGACGCGCCCCAUCGUGGAGUUGAUGACACUACAGUGCCUGACAGCUGCCAAUCACCUGUCUGAUCUGGAGCUAAACCCCGCCUCCAAGGGCUGCCAGUCAAACCUCAGCACGUUCAUCGAGUGGAACGGGGGAACCCCAGGACCGCUGAGGAACAUACGAGGAGAUUCACUUCUGGUGGCCGGUGUCUGCCGGUUUAAGAGGACCAGUCCUGACGAGCGCAACGACUCUGUCCACCAUUUUGAAACCUUCCCAGGUGGACAGUCGUUGCUUCUGCCUUUCCACUUUCCAAGUUCAACCUUUCACUGCUUGGUUCCUCCCCACAAGGAGCUUGUUCCUCCCAGUAAGCUGACACAGUGCCUCCGGAGGCCCAAUGGGAUCAAACUGGCCGAGAGACAAAGGCAGGAAGGCGGAUCAAGAGGACAAGAGAAUGAUCCGCUUCUACAGCAACCUAAAGUCGAACCGUGUUUAAGAAUCAAAGCUGACCCUGACAAGCCAAACCCGGUUCUGUUGAUACGCCAUCAGGACGCCCAGUUCAACUUCGACCAGAGGAUUGACCUUCAACGGGCCAACCAGCAGAACCCCUCCUCACACUCGCCUUCCUCAGACUGCUCACUUCAUCCAUCAGUUUCCUCGUCUCCACCGAAGAUUUCCCACAAGUCCUUCUCUCUCAGCCCUCUACCAUCCUUCUCCUCCUCCUUCCUGUGUCCUCUCCCGGCCUCCUCGUUCUCUUCCUCCCUCCAUCCUCUCCCAUCCUCUCCUCCCUCCCUACGCCCUCUCCCGUCUUCCCUCUGCUCCCUGUCCUCUUUUUCACCUGCAGGAGGUCGUAAGGGGAGAGUCUGCUGUGGCGUUUGUGGGAAAAGCUUCUAUGACAAAGGAACGCUGAAGAUCCACUACAAUGCCGUCCACCUGAAGAUCAAACAUCGCUGCACAGUUGCCGGCUGCACCAUGGUCUUCAGCUCGCUGCGCAGCCGAAACCGCCACAGCGCCAACCCGAACCCGCGGCUGCACACUGGCGCCGGCAGAGACAACGCGCACAACCACAGGAACACUCACGCUGACCUGCACACAAUCAUUCACUCUGAAACACAGAUGCACAAAGACUCCCACAGAAACGUACACAACACUCACACACGGAUGUGCAAAGAGAUCGGGAACACACUCUGGCAGCAGGACGACGAUGCAAACACAAGAGUACGAAUACACGACCUGAGAAACGGACUCAACGGUCACACAGAACCCCAACAUGGCUGCCGGGACAAAACCCCCCCGAAUACAGACUCCACCUCCAACCUGCACUCCCAGACCCCUCCUCCUCCUCCUCCUCCCCUCCUCCCAGCAUGCACUGCUCCCCCCCUAGUUGUUCCCACGCUGGAGAAAACCAACUGCUGUCGACACCUGCUCAACCUCCACACCACCCACGCCGCACCUGCCACCAUCACCACGGCCAACGGUCAACCUGUGUCACGUGACCAUGAUGUCACGGCUUGCACCAGCCCACCAACCAAUCAGCAGCGGCGGCGGUGGGACUCAAGUGACCCCGUCCCAAAGAAGAAGCCCAGGAAGUCGAGCAUGCCGGUGAAAAUAGAAAGAGAGAAGGCGAAGGAAGAGGAGUGUUGAGGAUCUGUGAGAUCUUUGAGUCGAUGUCCAAAAGAUUUCUAAAAAGACAUUUUAAGUUAAUUAACAGCAACUUAAAUGUGUCUUUUUAGGCUUCACGUUUUCAUGUACAUGAACUGAUGCUCAUAUUUCUAUAUAGGCAGAUCAUAUAGAAAUAUCAGACGUCACAUAUCAAUAAAUGGAUCAAUAAAUGUGCCGUUUGUAUAUUCUGUCUCUGCAAUGAUACAUGU